GUUGGCGCGUUAACAUUUGUCGAUCGGGAUAUUGAGGAAAUAUUGAAAAUAUAGCCGCCGGAAUACAUAUUACAAAUCGCGGCUAAAUAAACAAAUGUUAUAAAAACAAAAUAAAGAAAAAAAGAAAAUAAUGGCAUGAUCUAAAGUAAACAUCGUAAAAGAAAAUAGAAAAAGUUGUUUAGGCGUAAAAAAAUCGAUCGUCACCAUCCCCAGCAGCUACGGAGAUUUUGGCUCUCCUUUGAAAAAGAAGCAUAUUAAAAUUGCAUGCGGAAACGGAUAUAGAGGCGUAACAUUUACUUGGAAAACUUUUAAUUAAACAUUUCAACACAUCAUAAUGGCCACAACAGAUACCAGCUUGGAUUAUGUGAUGCCACCAACUACAUCCUUGGAUAGCAACACAAAUUCCAGUGAAAAUGUUCCUGAUUCAACGUCAUCUUCGACGUCCUACAGCCAUACAAAUGCCAAUGGUAGUGGCGCCUCAAAGUCGCCAACACCAGAGUCAUCGUCAUCAGCUCUUGCCAUUAUAGAUGAGCGCCUGGCUACGGAUGUUGAAAGCGUGUAUCCUAAGAAAAGACAUGAAGUCGUCAAAUGGUAUGGCUGGGGCUAUAGAGACGCUGAAUUUAUUAUUAAGGAUGAUGUGAUAUGGUUUAAAGGUGAAAAAUAUCCUUUGAAUGGACAACCACUACCUUUAUUCACCGAAUGGGUACUGAAUAGAUUUAAUUGUCUACUACACAAAGAUGCAACAAGACCAGCAGCACCAGCGGAAUAUCCAAAACCCACCGUUAAUCAGGAAUUUCUGACAGCUCUAGAAUCGUCUGGCAUAUCUUACAGUCUGGACGGCCUCGAUCGAUUCAUGCGGUGUCAUGGUCAAACUUUACAUGAUAUUUAUUAUUUAAUACAAAACAUAUUUGAGAGAAUACCCGACAUUGUGGUUUGGCCUACUUGUCACGAUGAUGUGGUGACUCUGGUGAAUAUGGCACAUCGCUGCAAUGCUGUAAUAAUCCCCUAUGGCGGUGGUACCUCUGUAUCGGGAGCCAUAACAUGUCCCCAGAAUGAAAAACGUAUGAUUUGCAUUUUGGACACUUCACAAAUGAAUCGCAUGUUGUGGCUGAACAAAUCCAAUCUGACGGUAUGCUUUGAGGCUGGCAUUGUGGGUCAAGAUUUGGAGAGAACGCUGCAGAGUCAUGGUGUAACUGUGGGUCAUGAGCCGGACAGCUAUGAAUUUUCCACUUUGGGAGGAUGGGUUGCGACACGAGCCUCUGGCAUGAAAAAGAAUGUCUAUGGCAACAUUGAGGAUCUGGUGGUGCAGGUGAAAAUGGUAACACCCUCCGGAGUUCUGGAAAGAAAUUGCACUGCCCCGCGUAUCUCAUGUGGGCCAGAUUUCAAUCAUGUCAUUUUGGGUUCUGAGGGUACCUUGGGUGUUGUCACCGAGGUGGUAUUGAAACUUCGACCCUUGCCCAAGGUCAAGCGUUACAACAGUUUGGUAUUUCCUAACUUCGAAUGUGGUGUCGAGUUUAUGCGUGAAGUGGCCAAGCAAAGAUGUCAACCCUCCUCGGUACGUUUGAUGGACAAUGAACAAUUCAUAAUGGGCCAGAGUCUUAAGCCACCCAAGGACUGGAGGAGUAACAUCAAGGAUUAUUUGAAAAAGAAAUAUGUGACCAUGAUCAAAGGUAUUGACUUGGAUCAGAUAUGUGCAGCCACUUUGCUGUUCGAGGGCGAUCUGGAGGAAGUCAAUCGCAGAGAAGAACAGAUGAUUGGUAUAGCCAAAAAAUUCAAAGGAUUUGCUGGAGGCGGUGAGAAUGGCGAAAGAGGCUAUGUUUUGACUUUUGUCAUUGCCUACAUUAGAGACUUGGGUUUACAACAUGAUAUUGUGGCGGAAUCAUUUGAAACAUCUGUACCCUGGGAUCGUUGUGCAAGGCUAUGUGAAAAUGUUAAGAAACGUGUAGUACUGGAAAGUCAUGCGAGAAGUGUUAUGCACUUUUCAAUAUCCUGUCGUGUCACCCAAACCUAUGAUGCCGGAGCCUGUGUCUAUUUCUAUUAUGCCUUCAAUAUGAAAGGUUUCGAAAAUCCUGUGGAAUUAUUUGAACAAAUUGAGGAUGCUGCCCGUGAGGAAAUGAUCAUGGAAGGUGGCUCGAUAUCACAUCAUCAUGGUGUUGGGAAACUGCGAGCUCACUGGUUCGAGAAGACAGUCACCAAAACUGGUGCCGAGUUGUUUAAGGCCACCAAAAAUCGUUUGGAUCCCAAAAAUAUAUUUGCCGCCGGUAAUCUACUGCCUGCCGACAGUGAGCAGAAGACGGCGUUAUCAAACUCAUCGGAAUUGACAAACUUAACGAAUAUUAGAGUAGCUUCAAAACUAUAAAAAAAACAGCUAGAGGUGUAAGAAAAUUGUUUAGUUUGCUUGUUUUUUUGUGUCUGUGGAUUAAGGAAAUUUCUAGCUUGAUAUAUUUUUUCUACAAGAAAUAUACGUACACGAGAUUGAAUGUAUGUUGCAUAAAUUAUGCUUAGCUUAUGUUUUCUAUGUCACAAAUGGUACUUUUGUUAUUUUGUAUUGUAUUUGUUAGAUUACUUUUUUUUUGUACACAAAGUUUAAGGGAUUUGUUUUGUUUUUGAGUUUUUU